AUGGAAGGAAAUGAGGGAUGGUAUCUGCAUACAGCACAUCUCAAACGCCGUGUGAAUCGGGGAAAGGGGGUUGGUCCGCCAAUCCGCCACAGCCUCCGCCGUAAUCUUUGUUCCGUCGAUUCGGCAGAAGUACACACACCGAGUACGAUCAAGAGGAUUGUGAAUAGAGCCCGUGACAUUGGUGCUGUGCACCGCGCCGGUGGAGACGCGAAGUUUCCGCAUAACUUUCUGGGUUUGAGAGACCCCAUUGGAGGGGAUGUGAGGAAUAGUCUGGUUCAAUGA